AUGUAAAAUCCACUCUUCUACAAAAAUCGACUAUAGAGAGGAGAUAAUUUGAGUGUGAAAUUUAUUGUGAGCUUAUCUCAAAAUUUAGAAUAUCAAAAGAAUUUGCUAAAAUAUUGGGAUUAGAUUGGAAAGAAUCCAUAAGGAAAAGUAUUGGCAACCGAGUUGUUAGAGGUGAUUACAGCAAUAAUGAAGUGUGUAAUAUGUUUACCAGAUGAAAGUCUGAAACAGUUAUCAUAAUAGUAUUUAGAAUCGAUGACAGAUUUGGAUCCAAAUCUUCCUGAAUACUUGUGUUAUCAAGUGUUUGUAGAUGCAAUAACUUAAUUGUUGUUUUAACUGAUUAUUCAACCUGAUUUGAGUUCUGCCAUUUACCUUUUGAAAACAAUUCAUGCUCGUAUAUAUCGUCGGUAGUUGAUAGAUGUAAAAGACAAUACAAAGUAAGAUGUAGAUUAUCAUAUUCUUGUAAAAAUACAUAAUUCCGAUCGAGUUGAAUAGAGUUUGAAAAGUGACUCCAAAAAGUCCUUCUUCCCAAUCUAUUAUACCGAAUAGUACAUCUAUAAUGAAGAAUAAUUAUAGAGUGCUAAUGUGAUUCCAAGUAGAAUAAUCAAAUAUAGAUUGGCACCUCUAAAUGAAAUUAUUCCUAUUGGAUUGAGUUGUGAAUGCAUGAUAUUUACUUUGAUGAAUAAUAAGUGCCAACAAUCCGAAUAUCAACAUUAUACAUCUGCUUAAUAUGCAUUUGCUAAGGAAAUAAAGCUGAUUGGGAAUGUUACUGAAACAUUUUUAUUGGCAUUACCUAAUAGUCAACUAGUUCCAGAGAUAGGAUUGCAAUAUAUAAUAGAGUAGAAUGACGAUUCUUAUGGAUUUCAUUCUCAAUUUUAUAAAUUAAGUAAAUUGAUAACGAGAGAUAUAUAGUGGUCUUAAUUCCCAUUAAAAAGUUAGGAGGAAAAACCAUUAUUGAUCAAUAUCAAAAGUGAAUUCUUUACAGAGGAAGAUUACAGAAUUGAUUAAAUAAACAAAGUAAAUAAGAAAUGGGAGAGAAAGAUUGUCUCAGCUAAAAGAUAAUUGUUAACUUCUUAAUUAUAAACCUUUGAUAUUUCAAAGUCAUCAAAUCCUGAUAAAAGAUAAGCAAAGAAUAUUCCCUAAAUUCUCAGAACCUUUUUAGGUGAUUUAAAUCAAACAAAGGAUUCAUAAUAAUUGUAGCCAGCUUUAGAAAUUAUUUAAGAACAAUAAUCAAAUGUAUAAUUACCAUCAUUUCAAUCAUAUCUGAGUAAAUUCAUAUCACCAAAAGGAUAAUUACCGAUUGAUAGUAAGAAUCCUUAUGAAGAUGAUGUUAUUGAAUACGCAAACCAAGCACCUCCUUAAAUAUUCUUGAUUGGGAAACCUAGAAGUGGUAGGAGCACAUUUGCUAAGGCAUUGGCUAAAUAACUUGAUUUAGAAUACCUAGAUUUAGAAAAGGGAAUUCAAAGAAUUUAUGCCAAAGUAGCAGAAAAUGAAAAUAAUCCUUAAAUGGAUGAGGAGGGAAAUCCAAAAGAAUUUUUGAACCCUUUGGAGAGAGAAGUAAUUGAUUCAUUAAAAUUUGGAAGAGAAUUGACUCAAGAACAAUUAGAAUAGUUAUUUAAUGUUGAAUUAUAAUAGGAUUUACCUAAAAAUAAAGGGUAUAUCUUAGAUCUACCUUUGGAGAAUCAAUUUUGGGUUAAUUCAAUACUAUCUAACAAAAUGAUAUUACCAAAAAUAGGUUGUAGAUAUUUCACGCAUGUUGUUAAUUUAGAAUAAUCAGAUGAAGAUGUUUUGUAUUUUGCAGCUAGAAUAAUGGAAAAACAAGAUGAUUUAGUGGCAUCUUCAUAAUAUGAUAGAGAAGAAUAAAAGAGACCUAAGAUAAAAUAUAAAGAUCCAAAUGAUCCAGACGAAGAAGAUUAGGGAGACAAUCCAGACGAUGAGGAGAAACCACCUAUUAUACCAGAAAAGGAUCUAUUUUAUAGACCUUUAGAUUAAGAAUUUUUAUUAGAAUCACUACAAAGUUUUUAAAAAUCAUAAGAGAAAUUAUAGUCAUUAUAUGAUCAUUUACCAGAUCAACAUAUUAUUACACUUCAAUCUGCUGGUUUGACAACAUAAUAAUUAGUUGAUCGCGUAUCUGCUUAAAUUUUGAAAGGGUAACCUUUAAGGCCCCUAGCUAUUAAAUUAGAAGGUGGCUCAGAGAAGGACUUGUUAGGAUUGAAUUUAACUGAUGAAAAGGUUUACAGAAUGUGGUCCUAAUGGUAAUAGGUUGAUGCAGUCGAAUUGGUGUUAAAAGAUAAGAUUAUACCAGGUAAGGCAGAAUUUGCUUGCGAAUAUGCAGGCAGAGUGUUUUUGUUUGAUAAUGAAGAAAAUUAAAAUAAAUUCAUCAAUUAUCCUAGAAAAUAUUUAAGUAAACCUCCAUAAUUGCCAAAAACCUAUAUUGUAUCAGUUUAAGGUCCUAAGUGUUCUGGCAAGAAUACUGUGGCUAGUCAAUUAGCUGAGUAUUAUGGAUGGACAUUGGUUGAUGUCGAGGAUAUAGUGAGAAAGAAGAUUUUGGCUUAACAAGAAAGAACUAAACAUUUAGCAUCAACAUUUGAUCCAAGAGUUAAUGAUAUUCAUUUAACAGAAGCUGAAUGGAAAGAAUUCUACAAAGGAAAUGCUAUUAAGGAUGUAUUACCUAUGGUGUUAAAUUACUUAAAUAUACCAUUACAAAGAAAACCUCUAGGGUGGGGAGAACCAAAGAAAGAGGAGGAAGAAUAACCACCUGAAGAAGAUGAAGAAAAGAAAAAGAAAGAAGCUAAAAAGUAAUAAGCAAAGAAAAAGAAGGAAGAAGUCGUUGAAGUUGUGGAAGAGAAUGUUAAACCAGUCACUCCACCUCCUGAAGAUGUACCAACUAAAGAGAUCAUACCAUUAUUGGAUAGCGAAUUGAAAGUCCCUGAAACAUCAAAACCAAAAGGGAUUGUGAUCAUUGGAUAUCCAUAAACAUAAGAAUAAAUUGAUUAAUUGAAUCUAUGGGGGAUUAAAAUAGAUAAGGUUCUAAUUCUUUAAGAUAGAUCAGAAGAAGCAGGACAAUUAUUAUUAUAAAGAAAUCCUGACCUUCUAAUUGAAUAGGAAUUAACUUAAGUAAAUGCCUUAUCUGCAUUAUUAAAAGAGGCUUAUUAAGAGGAGAAUGUUAAAGAAAUCCCUAUUGAUGGAACUAGAGAGGAAGUUUGGUCUAGAGUGCGUUUGGCUUUGGAUCCAUUUUAUAUUCGAGCUGAUGAUGAAAGUUUAGUGAGAGCACCCGCAGAUGUGCAAGAAGGUGAAGAACCUAUUCCUUAUGGUGAUUAUGCUAAUUAUUGUCCUGUUACAUUAUAGAAAACCAAUUGGUUAGUACCAGGAAAAGAAGAGUUUAUUGCUUUAGUAAGAGGAAGAGUUUAUAGAUUUUAUGGAGAAAAGGAAUAAUAAAUAUUUAAAGAUAAUGUCUAAUUGUAUAUUCCAUCAAAAAUAACAAUCCCAUAACCAAGAAUUAUGUUCAUUGGUGUAAGAGGAAGUGGUUUGCGUACUCAAUUGAAAAUAUUGAAUAGAUUAUAUAAAUUACCAGUUUUAGAUUUGAAAACUAAUUUAAUUUAAAAUUUAGAAAUAAAUAAAAAGAAUAGAUAAUUGAAUAGAUAUUACUUAAAAGGAUUUAAACCAAAGGAAUUGGAUGCUGAUGGAAAAGAAAUUCCAGAUGCUGAAAUCACUGAAGAUCCUGCUGAUUUUGAUCGCAAGGCUCAUGAAAUAGAAGUAUUAAAUAAAAUCUUAGACUGUGCAGGGGUAAUUAUUAAUGCUAAUUUCUUUGAUGUUUCAGAGGAGAGUGUUUCAACUCCAAUUGUUGAUUUAUUAGUUGAAGCCAAAAAAUUACCUGAAUAUGUUAUUUUAUUAAAAAUAGAAUAAGAUAACUUUAUUAAACGAAACUUUAAUUCUAAAGUUAUUGAGGAUGAAUAUUAGAUGAAGAUGGAAGAGUUGAGAUAGAAAAGGUAUUAGGAAAGAGUGGAGGCAAGAAACAAGGCUAUUGAAGAAGGGGCUGAAGAGUUGCCAUCUUUGGAAGCACCUCAAGGUGAAGAAGAAGAUCCAGAAGCACCUAAAUUAGAUGAUAUGAUAAAAGAAUAGGAAGAUAAAUUAAAGUAAUAGCAUGAAGCAGAUUCAGCUAAAAUUGAAGAAUUGUAAAGAUAAUUUGAAGAAUUAAAAAUCAAUGCAGUAAUCCUCAGUACUGAUACUACUAUAGAAAAUGUCACAGAAAGAAUCACAUCAUAAUUAGAAAAUAUUAUGGAUAGAGAAUACAGAGAAAAUAUGUUAGAAAAAGAAUAAUGUUAAAAAUUAAAUUUGUAUCCAGAUCCAACCAACUUUAAUAUAAAUAAAUUAGAUAUCUAUGAAAAAUUAUACACUCAUAAAUAAUCUAAAUUUGGAAAUAGGAAUGCCAUUACCUUGUAAAAUGUUCCUCAUUGCAGAGACUAUCCAGUUUUAUAUAGAAAUAGAAUUUACUAUCUUGACAGUGAGGAUUAAAGGGAAUAGGUAUGCUAAAGACCAUACAAAUACUUUUAUAAGCCAACAGUUCCUAAUGAUAUUUAAAUCAAGCCCACUAUAUUCAUUUUAGGAAAAGUAAAGUCAGGAAAAACUGAGAUUGUUAGAUUGUUAAGUGAUAAACUAAAAUUAGCUAGAGUCAAAGUGUCCCAUUUGCUGGCUGAAUUUGUAACUAAUUAAACGGAUUUAUUGGCAGUAAAAAUCAAAAAUCAAUUGAAAGAAGGCAAGGAGGUAGAUACAUAAUCUAUAAUUUAAAUUAUUCAAAAGAGAAUUCAAUUGCUUGACAUAUACAAUUAAGGAUACAUUUUAGAUGGGUAUCCAAGAACCAUUGAUGAAGCUUUGGCAUUAUCAAAGGCAGGUAUCAUUCCAACAGUAGUAUUUGUUUGUGAUAAAGAUGAUGAAUAUGUAAUUCGUAAAUUAAAUCCUAAAUUUGGUGGUAUUGAUCAUGUGGUCCAUUAAAGAUUAUCGGCAAAUCAAACUUCAUUAUUAUCAGCAUAUUAUUCAACACAUUUCAAUAAUGUGAGAUAUCUAUAGGUUGGAUAAGUAUCAAGCUGGGGUAUGAUCUCAUUAUGCACUAAAUAUAUAUAAGACAAUUUAUAUUCUCGAGCUUUAGUAGCAAGAGCAUUAAUUACAUAGGAACCAGUUAGAGUAAGUUCUUUGACUUUGACUGAAGAAUAAAUCAUUCAAAAAUUAAGUCCAUUGUAUAAUUAUUGUCCUGUUUUAAUUAAAGCAAAAAAGAAUUACGUGGCCAGUUAGUUAAGAAGUCCAUAUCUAUUGUUUUAUGAUGAUUAAUUAUUCUUCUUAUCAAGUGAAGAUACUGAAUAAGAUUUUAUCAAGAAUCCCACUCAUUAUUGCAAUAAUUCAAUUGAAAAAUAUAAGAUACCAAGAUAACUAACUGUUGGAGAUAAAUUCGAUCCAUAUCCAGAAUAUAAGGGUCAUUGUCCAGUUGAAUUGAUUAACAACAAUUUAGUUAAGGGUCAAAGUAACUUAGUGAUUGUCCAUAAGAAUUAACAAUUGAUAUUCACUAACGCACAUAAUAUGCAAUUAUUUGAAAUGAAUCCUUAGAGAUACAAGCAUGCCAGAUUACCUGAUAAAAUGUAAUUGGGAGAAUUAUAAUCUGUCAAGAAUAUUGCAAAGAAAGUAGCGAAGAGAGGUGAUUGCACAUCAUAUUUAGAAUUACAUCUUAAGAAUAUUAUCAUAAGAGUUUUGGCUCAAUUAGGAUAUUAAAAACCCAAAUAUCCCACUUUAUCUUGCAAAGAAACAGUUUUGAAGUUUAUUGCUAUUUCUUUGAAAGCUAAUAAUAAAAACAAAGAUGCCUUUUAUAGGAACAAAUAUUAAGAGAAAUUAGAGAAAUUCAUAAAGAAUUGCACUUUAGCUUAAGAGAUUUAAGAGAUGCAUAAGAAAUCAUAAGAAAGUGAAAUUGAUGAAGAGACUUUAUUAUAGAAAGUAGAACAGUUCGAUGAAUUCAUAGCUGAAUUAUAGGGAUAGGAGAAGUAGAAGUAUUUUUAAUAGUUCAUCAGAUGA